GAAUAAUUCCAACAGCACUGGAAAUUAUAAAGAAUGUAUCCAACCUUACAUUCAGUUAUGAGGAUGCCUCAGAUAAUACCGAACAGUUGAAGAAAACGUUAAUUGGGAAUAGUUAUAGGAUUAAAGGGAAUCAGCUCAUUUUUCCAUGUCUGUCAAUGAACACGAAGAA